AUGGAGUCACAGAACUUAACAAGCAUCUUGGAAUUUCUCCUCCUGGGACUGACAGAGGAUCCAGAACUACAGCCUAUCCUCUUGGCCCUGUUCCUAUCAAUGUACCUGAUCACCGUGCUCGGAAAUCUGCUCAUCAUCCUGGCCGUCAGCUCUGACCCCCAUCUUCACACCCCCAUGUACUUCUUCCUCUCCAACCUCUCCUUGGCUGACAUUGGGUUCAACAGCAGCACUGUCCUCAAGAUGCUGGUGAACCUCAGGACUCAUAGCAAAUCCAUCAGCUAUGCUGGCUGCCUAAUGCAAGUGGCCUUUUUUGUAAUGUUCUGUUGCUUGGACAGUCUGCUCUUGGCAGUGAUGGCCUAUGAUCGCUUGGUGGCCAUCUGUCACCCUCUCCACUACUCAAUCAUCAUGAGUCCCCGCCUCUGUGGUAUGUUGGUCCUUCUGUCAUUGUUCCUCAGUCUUUUGGACUCUGUGCUACACUGCUUGAUGGUGUCACAAGUUACCUUCUGUACAAAUGUAGAAAUUCCCAAUUUCUUCUGUGAGCCUCCUCAACUAGUUAAGCUUGCCUGUGAUUAUACUUCCACCAAAAAUAUAUUCAUCUUUCUCUUUGCUGCAGUCUUUGGUGGUCUUCCAGUCUUGGGGAUCCUGUACUCUUAUGCUCGCAUUGUAUCUUCUAUUCUUGGAGUCCCAUCAGCCAGUGGGAAAUAUAAAGCCUUCUCCACCUGUGGCUCUCACCUCUCAGUUGUGUGCUUGUUUUAUGGGACAGCCCUGGGUGCGUACUGCAGUUCAGUUUUUUCAGAUGCUCCAAGGAAAGUGAUGGUGGCCUCCGUAGUGUACACCACAGUCACCCCCAUGCUGAACCCCUUUGUCUACAGUUUAAGGAACAGGGACAUCAAGAGCGCCCUCCGUAGACUGGUGAGAGUGGCAGCCUAA